ACAGCUGAUCCGAUCUGAUUCGGUUCUGUUUCGCGCCGGAGAUUUCGGAAGAUUUCCGAAACUAUUUUGUCCGCUGCUUGAUUCUGCUAAAGCUUCGAUUUCUCGAGAAUUCACCAAGAUCUUUGAAGUUUGAAGUUUGUGAAAUUUUUGAGUCUGUUGAAAAGCUGUGAUAAUGGAAGAUGGAAAAGUGAACAAGGUGAGUGGUGGAAUGCCAGACACAGUGUUUGAGUGUGUGAUCAGUUACAUUGACGACGCACGUGACCGCGACGCAGUGUCUCUGGUGUGUCGGCGAUGGUACGAGAUCGACAAGACGACGCGAAAGCACGUUACGAUCGCUCUAUGUUAUACCACGACGCCGCAGAUGCUGUGGCGGAGGUUUCAGCACCUGGAGUCGCUGAAAUUGAAGGGGAAGCCGAGAGAGGCGAUGUUUAAUCUGAUUCCGGAGGAUUGGGGAGGGUAUGUGACUCCCUGGGUGGAAGAGAUUUCGAGGUCGUUUAGUUGCUUGAAGGCUCUUCACUUUCGCCGGAUGAUUGUGAUGGACUCGGAUCUUGAGCUCCUUGCUCAUUCUCGUGGUCGAGCUUUACAAUCGCUCAAGCUUGACAGAUGCUCUGGAUUUUCCACUGAUGGUGAAGAAAUUGUCGCUCUCUUGUCUCGGUGAAAAUUAGUGAGUGUGAAUUACUGGAUCUUAUUGGUUUCUUUAGUGCUGCAGCUGCAUUAGAAGAGUUUUGUGGGGGUUCUUUUGGCUCUUUCUCUCUCCUCCUUUGUUGUGUGAGACUGAUGAUGGGUAGCACAGCAGAGAUGCUCCACUACGAUGGUGGUGUCUAUUUUU